AUGUCGUCUGAAACAUCGUUCGACGUCCUAGUCACCGGCUCAUCUGGCCAUCUCGGCACAGCUUUGAUGCUCAGUCUUCCAUCCCUAGGCUACAAACCCCUAGGCAUCGACAUUCUCCCCUCGCCAACAACGACACUCGUCGGCUCAGUCAGUGACAGGGCUUUCAUCGCGUCAAUUUUCGACUCAAAUGCCAUCAAGCACGUUCUACAUGCCGCAACCUUACACAAGCCACACAUUGGCAGUCACAGCAAAGAAGAAUUCAUCACAACAAAUAUCACCGGCACACUGAUCCUGCUCGAGGAAUCAUCCCGAUUUGUCAAUCAAAUCGAGAGCUUCGUCUUCUUCAGCACAACCAGCGCAUUCGGUAUGGCGUUAAGUCCCAAGCCCGGAAACCCAGCUGCCUGGAUCGACGAAGAGGUUGUUCCCGUGCCGAAGAAUAUCUACGGCGUGACGAAAGUUGCGGCGGAGGAGAUGUGCGCAUUAAUGCAAAGGACGAGCGGGAUGCCGGUGUUAGUUCUUCGCACGAGUCGGUUUUUCCCCGAGGAAGACGAUGAUGAGGAUAGACGUGCGGCAAUGAGUGAUGAGAAUCUGAAGGUGUUGGAAUUGGCGUAUCGAAGAGUUGAUAUUGAGGAUAUUGUCGGUGCGGCGGUUUGCGCGAUGGCGAAGGCGAGCGGGAUUCGUCGGGAUAUUGAGACGCUUGAUGCUUUGAGUCGGAGUCCUGCGGAGGUGGUGAGUAAGAUUUCGCCUGAUGUUGAUUCGGUGUUUAAGGGGAAGGGGUGGAAGCAUCUCGCGCGGAUUGAUCGGGUUUAUGAUUCCAGCAAGGCUGUUGCUGAGUUGGGGUGGAAUCCGAAGUUUACAUUUGCCGGGGCUGUGGAUAGGUUGAUGCGUGGCGAGCCAUGGCGGAGUGACUUGACGGCGAGGUCAAACUCCGUUAAUCGCAAAUUCGGUACCGCACACUGGCAUCAAACCGAGAGUGCUACCAAGAGAGCUAAGGAUUACUGA